GUGAAACUGUAGAAGAAGACAGCCUACCAGGAAUUUUAAGCCAACGGAGCAGUUCUGCGGUUACUGCGAUAUGUGAAAAAUAUAUGAGAUGAUAAGCUUUAAAAAUAUGAAGUUACUGAUCUUUGUAAUAUCGCGGUAAUCAGUUGUUUUGAAGGUGGACCUCGCUUUAGGAAAUGCCUUUGUUCGUUCAAAAGAGAGAACUAGACCGCAUAAACGCGACAGCGGAACUGUUCGACAAAUACCCACAUUUACAGGAAAAUGCAAGAACAUUUCGCUCCAAGCCGCUUGUUGAUGUCGACCCAAAGUGCCUCUUGUACGUCCAACAGAGAGAAUUUGCUGCAACAACACCAGCAGACAACUGUGUUUCAGUAAUUGGAUCUGAUGAUGCUACUACCUGCCAUUUGGUUGUGCUGCGACACACUGGAAGUGGAGCCAUUUGCCUCGCUCACUGUGAUGGUUCCAGCACUUGGUCUGAAAUCCCACUCCUUGUGAAAGCUGUCACGUCAUUGAGUAACGUCAGUAAGGAGGGCAGACUUGAGCUCCAUCUUGUCGGGGGAUUUAACGAUGAGUCAAAGACAUCCCACAAACUCAGCCAUAGCAUUCUGGCAGCGUUUCAGAAACAGAAAGAGGAUAUUCAUUUGGAAACGUGUUGCAUCACAGAAAUGAAUGACAUUGUUGUUGAUGGAACUCAUAGACCAAUAGUAUAUGGAAUAGGUGUAAAUGUUAAAACGGGGGAGGUGUUCCCUUCCUCAUUCACUCAUAAGGGACCUGCAGAGGAGCUGCGAUCAGCACGGACCUUCACUGGGGGACAGAUGGCUGACAUAUAUGAUUCAAGUCGGGGUCUUGUAAAAAUCGGCCCCUGCAAGUGGUCUCCAAAUCUGGAUAUUGCCUUCUGGUUGUCACAGAAUGAUGACACGAUUUUAAAGUACCUGUCCACCUCUCCGAUGGCUGAGCCGCCGCACUUUGUCCAGCACAUGAAGUCCACCAUCCGGUUCCUUUUAGAGCACCCCAACUCCGAUAGCCUGUUUCCUGGGGGUCAGCCACAGCUCUACCGCAGGACUGAGACGGGGGACUGGGAGAGGGCUGUCUAGUCCUAGAGGCCUACUCUAAUUUUUCUCUGAACCUUAAUAUGGAAACUGACCGGUUUUGCCUCUCGGUUCGUUGGAUACACUGUGACCUUUCCACCUGCUGUCUGUUUUUUAAUUCCUUGUGUCUUAAGAAGAAGGUGACCCCAGAUUGGACCAUAUGUGUGCUGAAUGGCCUCAUCUGACUUAUCUGGCUGGUCCAGUGGAAAGAACAGAGGAAGAACAAGUGAUUCUGUUGAUGCCUGCUACAGUUAAUUUCCACUCUUAUGAUGAUGGUGUAAAGUCUGCCCCGUACACCUACUGCUCUGUUGCAGUAAGUCAAGGUCAAUGUCCUUCUGUUCUUGACUUUUUUGAUUUAAGGAUUGUUGUUUUACCGUAUGUUCACUUAUAAUAAGUUUGUAUGGUUUUUUUUUUUAGCGUAAGAACUACAAUCGCUAAACAUUUUCCAAAGUAGAAGUUCAGUUUACACUAGUACACACUGAAAAUCAACUGAAAUUUCAGAUUACUGUUGUCAAUUACUGUGUCCAGGAAGUGAACAGUGAACAGUUUGAAGGGCAAACAUUCAGCAGACGUGGAUGCUGUGAAUAGUAGAGGAUUACAUGAAUUGUAGAAUGAACUCAUUGUUUUCCAUUUAAAAGGUUGCUGUUCAGUGGUUGACAUUUCCCACACAUACACAUGCAUGAUUGCACCAACAGGGAUUGUAUUAUAACGUAACUGCCAAAAAAGACAAAGCCUGAAAUUUACAGGCCCUGAUUGAUCUUUACCUAAUCAAAAGUCUGACAGCAAAACAUUUUGGUAGGAAAUCAGUCUAAAAGCUUAUACUUUGGAAAUAUUAUAUGCGUGAUUUGUAGUUAGUAGGCUAAAGCAUGAGCAUAAAACACCUGUACCGCCCUUUAAAUAUAGCUUACCUGCUGGUAAGGAGUAAUUACAGUUGGGGAACUUGAUGCAAAAACAAUGAAAAAAUGAAUUCAUUUUGGCACUUUGUUUAAAACAGUACAGAGAAUACAAAUUGCUAAACUCUGCAUAGUUAAAGAGUUGGACAAAGUUUACUCUUCUUUACAAAUGCACCUUCCUGAUGAGAGUGGAAUAUAUUUCAUCACAUACUCUAGAUAAUGCUGUAUACUUGGCUAUGAAUGUGUUUGUUUUAGAAAAUUGCAUGUGUAGAUGUGUAUGGUAAACUUCUACAAAGGAUGAUGUGGAUUCUAUACAAACAUACACAAAAAUAUGAUUUUGCUUUUUUGAAACAUAAAACAACACCAUGCAACAUAUAAGGCCUUUUCAUCAAAUGUAUUAUUCAGAAGGUUGCAAGGUGCUUAAAGCAUGCGGUGCAACGUGUUGCAACUUGUCAACAUACUGUACUUGUUGCUAAAUAAAUGUAAAUGGUCAAACCUAGUUUGAAGUGAAUGGAGUUGGAAGUGAUUGGAAAGGGCAGGAAAAAUGAACUUUUGGAGUUCAGCACUUUUUUUUGGCCAAUUUUUUGGCUCAAUGCAAUCUGCGAACAAUUAUUGUCAUUAGUGUGUAUUACUUUCUAACACAUUAUACAUUAGAACCUGACUUAUAAAUUUGCAGAUAAAUUAAUAUAUUGAAUAAAAGUUUAUUGUAGUAUUAUUGUAGAUGUUGACUGAUUAAUAACAAGAAGCAGAAAUCCCAAGGAUAUUUUUAUAAGUAAUUUAGAAACAGUAUCUCUGGUACUUAUUUUGUCCCUUAGUAAAUUUACAAACUAAAUU